CGAGGACCGUGAUCACUGACAACCGGCUCUGAUACUCCGGCAACAUGUCCGGCCCUACCCGGACCCGAGCGCAGAAGCCCGGGAACAGCGUGCCAAAGAUGGUGUCUCACGUCAAGAAAAUUAUUAACAUAUCUGGUUUUGUGACGCAAAGCAGAGCAAACCGGAGCAUGAUGGGAAGCAGAAAGAGCAUAAGCCUUCACUUUGACAGCAAGAACAUGGAUAAAAAUUCUGUCUCAAGUGGAAAGCAAGUGAUUCCGGUUUUUGAUGAAGAAGGAAACAAUGUAACACCUCGUGCAUUGUUUCAAGCAGAACCGGGGGCUGCACCCUCAAAGCAGGCAAAAUUAUUUACCCCGCCAGAUACAUCCGCUUUUACUGCAUCCGACUUCUUCUCAACCAUGUCCCUGCAGCAAACUGGGUUAACGGCCAGCUUUAUCGGGCCAUUUUCAAGGUCAACUUUUGGAGGGAGCAGUAUGUCAAGAUCGAGUCAAGAGGCUGAGUCACUUUCAGAAGAUAUAGAGGAGCCAGGUUUCAAGCGUGACGUUGGGCUCAGCUUACCUGAUUUCCACCUAAAACAAGAUGACAUACCAGAACAACAGAAGGAAGAAGAUCUAGAUAAACCAGUCCAUGUCUACCUGACUGAGACAGACACAGUAUGGCUGCUGGACAUGCCGGCAGCUGUGAUCACCAGCGAUGACCCACAAGCAGAAUUAAUCAACUUGCGGAACCAGACCUACUCGGAUCUCUGCAAGAACAGAGCCGGAAAUGAUCGCUACAUCGAGAGGAUGAUGCAGACCAUUAACGGGGCACCGAAAAGCAAAGAGGUCCAGUGUGAACGAAUUGUCCUGGAAGAUGUCGGUGUCAUGGCUUCAGUUUGGGAUCUGUAUGACUCCUAUAACUCUCCAGAGAGCGCACUGGUGGUAAAUCCUGUCGUAGAGACACCCAGCAGAUCAGAGAGCGUCGCCAGCAGCAGGUCCAACACCAGCAGAAAGACAACAUCAGUGGCCUCAAUGGACAGAGGAGACAUGUUCUCCAGCACCGUCACCGAUCUAGACAGAUUAUCAGUCGUCCAUCUUCCAGAUGAAAGUGAACCAGACGGAAAAGAAAUCUUACAAUCAGAGAAGUUCCAGCAAGACCUUUUCAUCAUGGAGCGGGUUGUGGUCGAAAACAUAUUUCAGGGGAAGCUUGCGGCGUAUCGGCAGCUGGCGGUUAUUAUAGAUCCAGAAGCCGCAGAUGAUACAGAGGUCAUACCCAACGUCACGUCCCCCAGUUUAGACAGAUUGUGGUCUUUUGUUUGUGAGGUGACUAAAGGACACAAUGUGAGCAGCACCUCAUGGAACAAGAAGAACCCGGAUCUUCUUGCUGUUGGCUACGGACAGUUUGGCUAUAAAGAACAGAAGGGAGGGCUGGUGUGUUGCUGGUCACUGAAGAACACAACGUGGCCAGAGAGGAUUUACCACUGUGAGAGUGGAGUGACUGCCUUGGAUUUUUCUGCAUCGUCACCAAACUUGCUGGCAGUCGGGAUGUAUAAUGGCACGGUGGCAAUUUACAACGUGCAGAACAAAGAAAAUGUCCCAGUGCUGGAUAGCAGUGACAACCCCAAUAAGCACACGUGUCCGGUGUGGCAGGUGAAGUGGAUCGAACAAGACAGCAGCCUGGGGGAGGAUAAAGGGGAGAUUCUGGUGUCGAUAUGUGCCGACGGCAGGAUAACAAGGUGGCAUAUCAGGAAAGGGCUGGAUUGUAGCGAUCUAAUGAGGUUGAAGCGCACGGGAAAAGACAGACUGAAGAAGUCCACUGGAGAAAAAGAGAAGAAAGAAGCGUUUAUCUCUCGGCAGGCUCCCGGGAUGUGUUUUGACUUCCCUCCGAUGGACUCUAACAUCUAUCUGGCUGGGACUGAAGAAGGACUCAUACACAAGUGCUCCUGUUCAUACAACGAGCAGUUUCUAGAUACAUAUCAAGCUCAUAAGGGUCCCGUGUAUAAGCUGGCGUGGUCCCCGUUCUGUGCAGACGUCUUUCUUAGCUGCUCAGCCGACUGGUGCAUCCAUUUGUGGCGUCAGGACAUCUUAACUCCAGUCUUAACAUUUUCCGCUACGACCAAUGCCGUCCAUGACAUCAUGUGGUCUCCGAGUUCACCGUUGGUAUUCGGGGCAGUCAAUGAGAAUCGGGUGGAGAUCUGGGAUUUAAGUGUCAGCACCUUAGAUCCGAUCAUUGUCAGCUCCGCUAACCCAGGAGUGAAGCUUACCACCCUGUUAUUUGCCAGGAAUACAGAUUGUGUCCUGAUAGGAGACAGCGAUGGACAAGUCGGCGUGUACACCCUGCGGAACGUGUCCGGCGGAGAAGCGUCACAGGUGAACGCUUUAUAUGAGCUGAUUGAAGCGACUCUGGCAAGUCAGCUGUGAUCUCCGGCCAGGAGCGGUGAUGUCACCACAUGAGGCAAU